GUCAUCGACUACGUCACCCGCACUUCCGGUUUGGGCGGAAGACAACAGUAGAAGUACUCGGCUUGUAUGUAAAUGUCAAAAUAGCCUAACACAAGCUCGUAUUCUUGUUUUGGGCGCUGCGUGGGAGCAAAGACGACCACGUCGACAUGUUUUCCUUCCACCUCUUUGACCACCCGAUGUCCCGUGGCUUCCAGAACCGCUUUUCCACUCAGUACCGAUGCUAUUCUGUGUCGAUGCUGGCGGGUCCCAACGACCGCUCCGACGUGGAGAAGGGAGGAAAAAUCAUAAUGCCACCUUCAGCGCUUGACCAGCUCAGCAGACUUAAUAUCACCUACCCAAUGCUCUUCAAGCUGACCAACAAGAACUCGGACCGAAUGACACAUUGUGGUGUUCUUGAAUUUGUGGCAGAUGAGGGAAUCUGCUAUCUUCCACACUGGAUGAUGCAGAAUCUGCUGCUGGAGGAAGGCGGUCUGGUCCAGGUUGAGAGUGUUAACCUCAUGGUGGCCACCUACUCCAAGUUCCAGCCGCAGAGUCCGGACUUUUUGGAUAUUACAAACCCCAAAGCAGUCCUGGAGAAUGCUUUGAGGAACUUUGCGUGUCUGACCACGGGUGAUGUCAUAGCCAUCAACUAUAAUGAAAAGAUUUAUGAGCUGCGUGUGAUGGAGACCAAGCCAGACAAAGCAGUAUCCAUCAUUGAGUGUGACAUGAAUGUGGAUUUUGAUGCGCCGCUCGGUUACAAAGAGCCCGAACGCAGGCCUCAUCACCAAGAAGAACCGACUGAGGAGGACGCAGAUCCAAGCACUUAUGCCGAUAUGGACACACGAUUCCGAGCCUUCACUGGUUCUGGCAACCGUUUGGAUGGUAAAACCAAAGGGAUCGAGCCCAGCCCUGCUCCGCUGGGCCCCAGCGACAUUAUCAGAGGUAUCCCCAACUACGAGUUUAAAGUCGGCCGGAUCACGUUCAUUCGAAACUCAAGGCCACUGCCGAGAAGAAUGCCUGACGAUGAUGACGCCAUGAACAGAUUCAUCGCCUUCUCCGGAGAAGGACAAUCAUUACGCAAGAAGGGCAGAAAGCCAUGAUGAGCUCUGGCAAAAAAGAUUUGAAGGCUCAUGUGCACAAACACACACACACAACAUGUCUUGUCACCUACGCCUGCAAAGUGAAAACAUUCUUUCAGGCACACCGAGACAACGCUUUGAAAUUGCAGUUGUGCUGUGGAAGUUGGCUUGUACUUGAUUACAACUGGGGCAGUCCCUUUUUUGUUGAAUUGAAGCUGCGAUGCAUAAAAUGCUGCCAGCAGUGA